AUGGCGAAUACAGACACGCGAGAUGUGGAAGGAACCGUGCAGCAGAUCGUCCGCUGUGCAGCGGCAGGUGCAGAUCUAGUCCGUCUGACAGUACAGGGACCUAAGGAGGCGGAAGCUAGCCGUGCGAUUGUCGCAAAACUGCGGGAGCGCGGGUGUGGCAUUCCGCUUGUUGCAGACAUCCACUUCCAACCGCGGGUGGCUUCGCUGUGCGCUGACAUCUUUGAGAAGAUCCGCGUUAAUCCGGGCAACUUCGCAGAUGGCCGCAAGGUGUGGGAAGAUGAAUCAGCACCGUCCCUGCCAGAGAGGCUGCCUGCGGAGAGUGCGACGUCAGGACAGGUCCAGGAAGGUGAGAACAGGCGCGAGACAGCUCCCCAAAGCGCAGCGGCCGAUAUUGCUAUUGCUGCGUUUUCCACUGCAGGCGAAAUUGCGUCGCUCACGCCAGAGACAGUUGGCAGCAUCCUGGGCCCUUGGGGAAACCCCGAUGGACUGUUUGACCUUCUUCCAGCAGGAGAGCGUGCCGCCUUUUCCGAAGGCCAUCGUCGCAUAGAGGAGGCGUUUCUGCCGCUUGUUCAGAAAUGCUUGUUGCAGAAACGAGCCCUACGCAUUGGAACAAACCACGGGUCUCUUUCGGCUCGAAUCUUGCGGCACUUCGGCGACACCCCGAUGGGGAUGGUGCUAUCGGCUAUCGAGUUUGCGGAUAUUUGCGUGCGAUCCGGUUUCUACAACUUUGCCUUCUCGCUGAAGAGCAGCAACCCGGUGACCAUGCAGCACGCCUACCGACUGAUGGCCUUCCUGAUGUCUGCGAGGGGGGCCCUUUUCCCCCUCCACUUGGGCGUAACGGAGGCGGGGGAAGGAGAGGACGGCCGAAUCAAGUCCGCUGCUGGCAUCGGUGCCCUCCUUCAGGAUGGCAUUGGAGAUACUAUCCGGGCAUCCUUAACGGAGCCUCCGUGGGCUGAACUUCCGGUGUGUCGAUUCUUGCGGCGUAUGCAAGAGCACAAAUUGCAGCUCAGCAAGACGCAGAGUCGGUUGCAGCCCUCCUCUGCUGCCCGGGUAGCGAUUCCUCCCUUCGAAGAAACGUUCCGAGACUUUGCAGCCGUCUCACCGAGGGGCAGAAUUCGUCUGGGGCGUCAAAAGGCCGUUGCUGCCACUACUGCACCAGCUACAGGAACUCAAAGCCAGAAAGAGCAAACCAUCCUGCACAGAGACGGCACAGCCGUUGUGGCGAUAGACCCUCAAGAGCUCUUAAACCCUACGUCGCUCUACUCGGCCCUUGGGCUGGGUGUUGUGGGGGGACGACCCUUCCGCACGCCGCUGUCCGCAGACGCUGUUUAUUUGCGUUCUUUGUUUUUCCCGACGCGUGCAGCACCUGACGAGCACCAGCAGCAGUCCCAGCAGGGCAAGAAGAAGAAAGCGCAGCUCCCCUCAGAAGAGAAGCCGGAUAGUCGUUCCCUGCAGGCAGCACGCCAGACUCUUCACCAGCUCCAGGAGGCGGGCCUUACUGUCUGGGCUGACUCUCGGGAGAUACAGCAGGUGCAAAUGACUCGUGAACAGCUCCUGCAGCACCUGCUGCAGCACCAAGCGAGUGCCUCUCAGCAACAGCAGCUCCUGCAACAACUCGAGGAAGCGUCACUCUAUACUCCAGGCCUUGUAGCCGUUCAGCGGCUGCAGGAUGCGGCGGCCAUUAGCUCCUUCUUGGCUAUGCAAUAUCUGAAGGACACAUUAGGCGUCGCGCUUGUUGCAGACGGCACGGAAACAGCGGAGGAAUUCAAGGCUGUCGUCAGUCGUCCGAAUCUCGUCUGUGUGCUGGUUCGGCCUGCCGACCGAAUAGGUGUUGGCGUGGCGGCAUCUCGGCGAGUCAGUGAGCUUCUUCGUGGGGUGGCGCGUCAGCAACCAGCAGGAGGUCCUGACAGCUUGGAAGAAUCCAUUCCCAUACUUCAGUGGGUAGAGGCACCUCCCCCGGUGCUCCUUUCUGGUACUGCAGAGCCUCAGCAGGAAGAGCAGCAGACUGCUGGAAACAAGCCUGCCAACACGGUGUCUAAUUCUCAAAAGAUGACGAUGUUUGCUGCCUGGGAAGUAGGCUCGAUUUUCCUUGACCGCCUAGCGGACGGGCUACUCAUUGAUGCAAAACAUGUCCUCUCUACCCCCCAGCAGCGCCAACUCGCAUUCGACCUUCUUCAAGGCUGCCGCAUGCGGAGCACCAAGACGGAAUUCAUUUCUUGCCCUUCCUGCGGUCGCACGCUAUUUGACAUUCAGAAGGUAUCCGCGGAUAUACGCCGCAGGACAGGGCAUUUGCCAGGCGUGAAGAUUGCGGUGAUGGGCUGCAUCGUCAAUGGGAUCGGGGAAAUGGGGGACGCAGACUUUGGUUACGUGGGGGGCGCACCCGGCCUGGUCGACUUGUACGUUGGGAAGAGACUGGUUCGCCGUGGUGUGAAGAGUGCGGAUGCCUGCGAUGCCCUUGUUGAAAUUAUUAAGGAAGAGGGCCGCUGGAAAGAGCCGGAGGAGGGCGAGGCUGCACCGUAA